AUGUAUACUCCUGAACCGGCGCGUCUGCGGUCGUCGCUUCUUCGUCGUUUGAGUAGCUCAGUUUCCGGCUUGACCAAAAAACACCAAACGAUAAAACCUGGUACUUCCUCAGGAAAACUGCCCAUGUUCAUCACGGCGAUUUCUCCCGCUAAUCUGAACGGGAGCCAGACGGAAAAGGAAGAGAUCAAAGAUUCGACGACUCCUAGAUUCACGGGACAUCUUCGUACUCCUCCAUCUUCUGUGAAGAAAAGAGACUCGAGAUCUCCAACCCAGUUGAAGUCUUAUAGUCAAGACCAAAUUUGUGCAAUUUGUGAAGAGCCAUUGGCAUCGAGUUUGCGAGGUGAAAAGGAAAUCUUGCUUGCGUGCAACCAUCCUUGCCAUAAAAUAUGUAUGCUGGUGAUAUUAUCUCUGGGAAAUCGACUUUCCAGUAGUCUUCCUGAUUUUUUGGAUCCUUCGGUCGCAUGUUGCAAAGAGUGUGGAGCACCUGCUCGUUGUGCUGAUGCCAAUGAAACGUCGCAGAUGCUCGAGGAGAUUGCUGUGAAGGGUAUGAUGUCGCCAGUGGAAGGAAAAAUCCCAUUUACCCCAGAUGGUCAGAUGAUACCUGAUCCAGUGGUUCAUCCACCGGUUUCUGUCAGACCCACCUCUGAAAUUCACAUGAAAAAGUCCAGUGCGGUUUCGCCAGUAGUGGACUUUGAAGAUGUCACUACACCGCAAAUAACAAGUUUCGCCGACACAGAUACGGUUGUUUUAGGUGAAAUUCACAAAAAGGACAUCGAGAUCAAUUUUAAGAUAAAAGCUCCCAAAACCCACUCGGUUGCAAAUGUUGCACAGGACCACCUACAAAAGAAGGAAGUGAUGGCAGAAAUCAUUUCCAAGUUGACAAACUUGAAAAACUUUGACCAGGUUGCUACAAACUUGAGCACACUUAUUUUGUUUGAUUUUUUGAACAUUAGUGUCACCGGUAGCGAGUGGGACACUCUUUGUUGCUUUCUCUUUGACGAUCGGUUAUUACUUGUGGAUUUCUCCAAAAACGAAAUAGUGGGCCAACUACUGAUCCACGAUGAUGUGGCUAGCAUUAACAAGCGUGAAAAUGGUAUUACUCUCAAUCUCACCCAGCAAGGGUUCCCCGAGUUGCAAAUGUGCCAUUCGCACCCAUUGAUAUGCUUAAAGUGGUACACUUAUUUUUGCCGGGUUCUUGCCCUGGUAUCCACAUCUAUCGUUCCCAGCGUUCCCUUUAACCAGCUCACCACCAAUGGCUGGUACGUCCUCGAAGACUCGUUUUCUUUGAUUCCUGAAAAUGCCAUUAAAGUUAGAACCGCUACCGAGCAUGAUUGCCAAUUGACAGAGAAUUUGCUUUUGGAAGCGCUUCCUCGGCCAGAAAACUUGCCCAUAAACCUCGUAUUGACGAUUCCUUUGGUCAACACCUCAGCCAUGGAUAACCAAACCUAUAGAACAACCCUCAUGAAACUUGUGUUCAAUGUCAAAUCUCGUCUUCGUGCUUUUGACAAAUUGGCACUCAUUUUCAUCGGCAUCGAUGCCAGCGGCCGGGCUUGUCGUAAGGGAUCUUUUAUAGGCUGUGCCGAGCCAAAGUGGGACGGCUGGAAUGCGGUGAUUGAAGGCAUUGAAGUCAGCAAUAAUGAGGAUAUCAAUGGUGCUGCUGUUUUUGACAAUGAGUUCCAGGAACUUCAAAUUGCAUUUGAAAAGUGCCGUGAUUUGUUCCCAUUCAUUCCUAGUUCUCCUUCCAAUAUUAAUCGUCUUUUGGUUAUUCAUACCAAUCGCUAUGGUCAUAUUGGCUGUGAUGAUGAUUGCCUUGAAAGUCUUUCAAGAUCUUUGGCUUCAAUUCUUGAUUCCUCCACACUCUCCAUAGAUUUUGUUAGUGUGGGUGAUACCAUUAGCCCAGACUUGCAAAUGGUGCAUGAUCUAGUAAGGUCUCCAUUCCAAGGACAUAUGCUUGAUUCCGUGCAGCUUCGGUCGGGUUCAGUUCUUCAACAUUAUUCUACAUUUGAAAAUUUGGUCACUGAGUUACCACACUUUGCUCAACAGCGUUAUCUGUCGGUUUGCAUUCCUACACUCACACUUGAGUUUCAAAAAAUUUUCGCAACCAAUAAGCUGGUUAGUUUUAAAAGUAUCGACAUCAAUGGUACAAAAUGCGACAUUCACGAUGGAAUUGCCCAUAUGAAUAUCAUGCUAGAUAACCUCUCCAGCGAUUUCGACUAUUCAAUUUCACUUCAUGUGGAACUUGAUUUGCAUACUUUAGAUCCCAAUGUGUGUGAGAGCAUUACCGAUAACCUGAAAUUGGCCGGCUUAUUCACCUAUAAAUCGACCUGGAGAGGUGAGAGAAGCAAGACUACAAACUACGAAAUGAAAAUUGUUCUGCUGAAUGAGUUUUCGUUCUUUGAAGAUGCAAAAUCCAUGUUCUCAGAAAACAGCCUUGAGAUGCUAGCAGAAACUAAAAACCCAUACUAUUUCGAUGGUCCAUUGCUUUCGGCCGUGCCUCUCACUCUGGAUCUUGGGUUUUUCAAAUAG